AUGCGCGAACACAGGUUUCUCUACGACUUCCCCGAUGUCGCCGACUGCGAGGGCUCGUGUGUCGGCGGCGGCGGCCCACCGUGCCUCCUCCACGCCGGGCUCUGCUGCCCCGACGACCCGCUGGAGACCAUCAUGGACAAUCCCGACGUCUUCAGCGACGACCUGCUGGAGGACCUUUUCAUAGCCGCCGCGCUGCCGCCGCCGCACCGGGGGUGGCUGCCCAUCACCAUCGGUGGCGGCGGCGAACGGGUCGUCGACGUGGACGGUGCCGACGUGGGGUACCGGGACCGGGGCGGCGCUUCCUCUGAUGAUGGCGCGCCACGGCUGCCGGCGGCGCACGCCGCAAUGUCGGCGGACGACAGCUCAUGGACUACGUCCAGUGUGGCGACCAAGUCGCCGCCGUCGUCACGGCUGCCGGCGCACGCCGCGAUGUCGGACAGCUCAUGGACUCCGUCCAGUUUGGAGACCGAGUCGCCGCCUCCGCCGCCGCCACGGAUGCCGGUGCACGCCGCCGCAUUGUCGGACAGCUCAUGGGCUCCGUCCAGUUUGGAGACCGAGUCGCCGCCUCCGCCGCCGCCACGGAUGCCGGUGCACGCCGCCGCAUUGUCGGACAGCUCAUGGGCUCCGUCCAGUUUGGAGACCGAGUCGUCGCCGCCGUCUGUCUCGCGGCUCGUUGUGCCGAGGAAGAAACGGGACAGCUCCGUCAAGCGCGGCAAGCGGUUGUGGUCGCUGGAUAUCCCAAACGUCCCCGCAUCUAGCGACAACUCUAGCGGCCGUGAUGACGGGGAUCAGGACGGCCGCCGCAACAUCAUCCACGGUGGCGGCGGCGGUGUCCGCCAGCGCCUCCUUAUUGCACGGCCGCCGAGGAACAGUAGAACUCAGAGGGCGUGCAGCCAUUGUGCCAGCACGGAGACGCCGCAAUGGCGUGCAGGACCGGACGGGCCGGGCACGCUAUGCAACGCGUGCGGCAUCCGCUACAAGAUGAACAAGCUACUGCCCGAGUACCGGCCGUCGACGAGCCCUAGCUUCCGGAGUGACAAGCACUCCAACCGCCACAGGAAGGUGGUCAAGCUAAGGGAGAAGGUAAAAGUAGAGAAGAUUGUCAAUAUGCCACUAGCGCCUGCAGAUUGUGGUGGUGAUUUCAUGGAUGUUUGUAAAUACAUAUCGACAGGUUAA